GGAGUUGUCUGAGGGCUCUGGUGCAAGCAAGGCGGGAGGACGACGCGACCGAGGCCGGGUGCUUGAGCUGGGCAUGUCGGGAGGUUUAAACGAAGGAAAAGAAACUCGGUCGUCCCGAGCAGAAGCUUGGUGAAGUUGAGUGCUGCGGAAUCCUGUGGAGCAGUAAGAUCCAUCGAACAUUGAGCACCAACAUGUGGGGAUUGGUGAGUGUGGGUUUAGUCACCACCGGCGUCAGUCUAGUGGCAGCACCAGUGGUUGUUCCGGCCCUCGUGACAACUCUUGGAUUCACGAGUGCGGGUAUCGCCGGAGGAAGCUGGGCAGCGGGAUUCAUGGCGUCGUAUGCAGGAGUAGUGGGUGCAGGUAGUACCUGCGCUAUUCUCCAGAGUAUUGGAGCGACGGGCGCUUUGGCAGGGGCUGGUGUGAUGGCCGUAGCGGGAGCAGCUACGACUGCAUUUGGAGCAGCUACGACUGCAUUGGGAGUGGCCUUCGGGUAAGGCCGGCGGUGACAAAUCUGCGGAUGCGGAAAUGGCCGCCGAGACCCAUUGCCUCACACCUGCCGAGAACUGACAAGACGGGCGUGCGAGCGACUCUCAUUGCUUCAAUGCUUGUAAACGUAGUUUCCUUGGGAGAAAACAUAAAAAGAAGUUGUGGAUGAUUUCUUCGUGUUUCAUAACUCGAUCACUGUAAUCCUUGUAUGUUGUCAAAUUGCCCUUGAGCAGAAACAUAACAUUCAGUUUUGAACGGAUGAGCAGAAGAGUGCUUUAGAACAUGAAAAUCUAUUUCCGUCAAGGAAGCAUCGAUGC